GGGGCCUGGCUAUGGUCUUGUGUGGUCAGAUGGGGGGAUCCACCAAGCCUCCUGGUAGCGGCAUUGGGCACAGCACGCGAGGUGGCAAAUGGGCGCAGCUGGCUGCAAAUGGCCUAAACCAGCCACAGAAUGAGCUGGAUGGAGGUAAGGAACUAGUAUACCAUUUGCUAGUGGGGCACGUGGGUCAAAUCCCCCUACUCCAUUGGCUUUGCCUCGUCACAGAAGCACUGGCAGCUUCCCCCCCCUUACCUCGUGUCUAUGGUGGAAACAGAUGGAAUUGGCAGCCAGCCUUCUGCGCAGGCUCUUAACUAGGGCUCACUUUCAGGGGGAAGACCUAUAUUAGGCCCACCCCCCAAAAAUCAGCUGGGGCUUACUUUCGGGAGAGGGCUUACUUUCCGGGAAACACAGUAACAAAAUGUUAGAUAAUAGUGAUUGGAAAUAUUCAGUCUCUGACAAAAGUUAGAGCUUCCAUGUUGUUGAAAAUCCAUCGAGGAUGGUUACAUUAUAUGAAGAAAGGCUUGUCUUGCAAUAUUCCAUAUUUCAUGUUAAAUCUCUGUUUAAAUGCUUCAGCCCUCACAAAUCUUAGUAAUAAGAUUUUGUAGGUUUAUAUUUAAAUGAAAGCCAUUAUCUUUGCAAAGAAGAAUAAGGAAAAGGACAUAAUGCCCAUGUCAACAGGAAAUCUGUACAGUUCUAGCAAGUCCAUACAUGCAUCUCUAAUCUAGUUAGUGUCUCACAAAGCUUCCUGAAAAACAAGAUUGUUAAUAAUUUUUACAAGGCAAUAUUGGUUUGCUUUUGAAACUGUACAGUCCUCUGCAUCGGUUGAGGCUUUGAAGCAACUCAUUGGUUAACUGAGAAAAUCAAAUUGCGAGACAGUCCCAAGAUUGCUGGAAAUCAAACAGUGAAAUGAAAUAAAAAGUAAAUGCUGUGAUGUGUGGAACUUUUGAACAGAGGCAAAAGUGACCGACAGAAUUAAGAAGUUAACCUGGGGGAGACCUUAUAGGAAACAAGAUGACUCUGAAAGGGAAGCUAGUGUCUUUCUACAGCAAGGCCCAGAUCGCAUAGGAAGCAUAUAUAAAAAAGCUGUGUACAUGCAGUACACAGAUAACUCAUAUAGUUAUGUUGUGGAAAAACCACCAUCGCUGGGCUUCGUGGGGCCGAUUAUGAAAGCAGAAGUUGGGGACUCUUUUAUAGUUCACUUAAAAAAUUUUGCUACAAGAGUCUACUCUCUACAUCCCCAUGGUGUCAAAUACACAAAAGAAAAUGAAGGAGCUUUCUAUCCUGAUAAUACCAAUCAUUUACAAAAGAAAGAUGAUGCUGUGCAACCAGGAGAGCAGUAUGUUUAUAAGUGGGAUGUUACUGAAGAUCAUGGUCCAGCAGAAGGAGACAGUAACUGCUUGACAAGGAUCUAUCACUCUCAUAUAGAUGCCCCAAAGGAUGUUGCCUCUGGACUUAUUGGAGCUUUAAUCACUUGCAGAAAAGGCACUCUGCAGAAUGGAAAAGAUAAAGAUGUUGACCGUGAGUUUGUCUUGCUGUUCUCUGUGAUGGAUGAAAACUUUAGCUGGUACUUAGAUGAGAAUAUUAAGAAAUACUGCUCUGAACCUGACAAAGUUGACAAAGAGAAUGAGGACUUCCAAGAAAGCAACAAAAUGCACUCAAUCAAUGGAUAUAUGUAUGGGUAUCUUCCCAAUGUCACAAUGUGUGCAGGAGAGAAAGUGAAAUGGCAUCUUUUUGGCAUUGGUAAUGAAGCUGAUAUCCACUCCAUUUAUUUUCAUGGGCAAACCUUGAUAGAAAGGAAGCAUCGUGUCAACACAAUCAGCCUCUUCCCAGCUACCUUUGUGGAUGCUCUUAUGGUGCCCAAGAAUGAUGGUGAUUGGUUGCUUAGCUGCCAAGUCAAUGAUCAUAUAGAAGGUGGCAUGCAGGCCAUUUUUAAAGUGAAAAACUGUGAACACCAUUCUCCAUCUCUUAUGAACCAAACCCCUACUGUCAUUACCACAAGAUUCUAUUAUAUUGCUGCAGAGGAAGAGGAAUGGAACUAUGGUCCAUCUGGAACAAAUGAAUUCACAAGAGAAUCCCUUGAUCUAGAUGAGGAUUCCAAGACAUUUUUUGAAAAAGAUAAAAAUAGAAUUGGUGGGACUUAUAAAAAAGCCCGUUUUUUCGAAUAUACCAGUGUCGACUUUAUUAGACGCUCUUUCCGGUCUCAUAAUGAAAAGCAUCUUGGACUUUUGGGACCGAUCAUAAGAGCAGAAGUUGGUGACUAUAUUGAAGUAGUCUUCUUCAACAAUGCAAGCCGCCCCUUCAGCAUUCAACCACAUGGCCUGAGUUAUACCAAAAGCAAUGAGGGCUCUUUCUACCACACUCUGUCUGGAGGUACUCCAAGUCCAGGCUCACAUGUGAAACCUGGAGAGAAAUUCAUCUAUAAAUGGGAAGUGCCAGAAACUGUGGGCCCUACGCCAGACGAUCCAGAUUGUCUAACCCUGCUGUAUUAUUCAGCUUCAGAUCCAAUCAAGGAUACCAAUUCAGGCCUGGUGGGCCCACUCUUGGUGUGCAGAAAAGGCAUAAUGCCUGCUCCAUGGAAACCGGUUAAUGUAGACAAGGAAUUUUUUCUUCUUGCAACAGUAUUUGAUGAAAAUCAGAGCUGGUAUUUAGAUGACACUAUUAAUAAAUUUAUAGAACACCCUGAAGAGGUUGAUAAAGAAGAUGAGGAUUUUCAAGAGUCCAAUAAGAUGCACUCUAUAAAUGGAUAUAUGUAUGGAAAUCAGAAAGGCCUUGAGAUGUGUCUUGGAGAGACAGUUUCCUGGCAUUUGAUCAGCUUGGGAACUGAAGUUGACAUUCAUGGAAUAUAUUUUUCAGGAAAUACUUUUGUAACUAAAGGGACUAGGAAGGAUAUAGCUAAUCUUUUCCCGCAUACUUCUGCCACAGCUGUUAUGAAGCCUGACUCAGAAGGUCUUUUUGAAGUGGCCUGCCUCACAACCGAUCACUACACAGGUGGUAUGAGACAAAUGUAUGAAGUAAAGAGAUGUGGUUCAUCAGCAAAAGAUGAGCAAUACACUCAUCAGAAGACUUUCUACAUUGCAGCUGAAGAAGUUGAGUGGGACUAUUCCCCUAACAGGAUAUGGGAACAAGAGAGGCAUCAGUUCCAUGAUGAAAGUCCAGGAAAUCCAUUUUUAAACAAGGAAGAUAAAUUCAUUGGGUCAAAAUACAAGAAAGUGGUUUAUCGGGAAUAUACUGACCAAACAUUUAAAAUCCCUAAAGAACGGAAUGAAGAGAAAGAACAUUUAGGAAUCCUAGGUCCUCUGCUUCUUACACAAGUUGGAGAUAUAAUUACAGUUGUUUUCAAGAACAUGGCCUCUAGGCGUUAUUCUAUCCAUGCACAAGGAGUAAAAACUAAGUAUCCACUUGUAACAGAAACACUUCCAGGUGCAACCGAGGAGUAUAUCUGGGAAAUCCCAGCAAGAUCUGGUCCUGAGAAAGGAGAUUCUACCUGUAUUCCCUGGGCAUAUUAUUCUACUGUGGAUAGAGUGAAGGAUCUCCAUAGUGGAUUAAUAGGAACACUUGUUGUCUGUCGCAAGGAAGUUUUCCCUGUAAUUCCACAUCCCAAAAUUCUGCAGUUUGCUCUCCUUUUUCUGGUGUUUGAUGAAAAUGAAUCAUGGUAUUUAGAUGAGAAUAUCAAGUUGCAUUCCGCCAAUCCAGGAGAUGUCAACAAGGAAGAUGAGGAAUUCAUUGAAAGCAAUAAAAUGCAUGCGAUUAAUGGAAAACUGUUUGGAAACUUGCAUGGUCUUACAAUGCAUGUUGGAGAUAAAGUAAACUGGUACUUGUUAGGAAUGGGGAAUGAAGUUGAUAUGCACACCGCACAUUUCCAUGGCCAUAGCUUCGAUUACAAGUACAAUAGAACUUUCCGGGCAGAUGUGUAUGACCUGUUCCCUGGGACAUUUCAAACUGUUGAGAUGUGGCCAAAAUAUCCUGGGACGUGGCUACUGCACUGUCAUGUGACUGACCAUAUCCAUGCUGGCAUGGAAACUACUUACUCUGUACUCCCAAAUGAAAGGUCCUUUCUUCUCUCAAGGGGGCAGCAUGUCAAGAGUGAAAACUUGGCAGCCACAUGCCUUAUUGUUUUCAUCUUGUUAUUUGUGUAAGGGGGGGGGGGAGAUAAGGCUUUGAAUGGGUUAGUUAGAAAAACGAAACCUCUCCAGUUCUGCAGAUGUUCGUUGAAACACAGAUGUAUGAAAACGUUUUGAGGACAUUCUAACUGUGGGGAAGAAGAUAACAGAAGGUUCUCAAACAACGAGAAGGUGUUCACAUGAACUACUUGGACAUCUGGGAGGCUUGGCUGGGAAUGUCAUUAUAUGCUUUGGUUAGAUAUCUUGGGAUUUUAGAGUUAAUUUUCCUUUGCCUAUACCAUACCAUGUAUUCAAUAAACCAGUAAGAUCUUCAGAAAUGAAA